AUGGGUUUGUCCCUCUCCCUGCUCACAUCGGCGUGGACGGAGAUCCUGAGGAACAAGAUCGCCGGGCUGGUAGAUGCAGACGGCGGCAUCGUCAAAUCCCUGAGCUUCAAUGAGAACAGCGUGAAGAUGACUCUGAAAUCCCUCACCAUCCAAAGGAUGAACAUCGAAACCAUGUUCACCCCUAGGGGAUCGACCAAGAAGGUCUUGGAGCCGUCGCUGAGCUUCAAAUGCUGGGAAGAAGAGAAGGCCGGCGUAGAGAACAGCGCCGCCGCCCCCGCCCCGGAGAAGCCGCAGCAGCAACAGCCCGGCGGCAGCGAGAGAUCGGCCUCCGUAGACCUCAGAUUCUCCAAUGGAGAGGGAGACCACGACUUGAAGGCGGCGAGGAGCCCCCUCGGGUUUUCCUCCCCACGGCCUCUCUGUGAGCUCGACGCCGCCGCCGUUAAGCUCCAGAAGGUCUACAAGAGCUACAGGACCCGGAGAAACCUCGCAGAUUGCGCGGUGGUCGUCGAGGAGCUCUGGUACGAUCCCGUCCCUUAUCUUCAGGACCAUAACCGAUCAGUAGUCCUUCUUCCCCGCACUGAUGUCCCUCUCCGUAUCGAUUUAAAGGUGGAAGGCGCUGGACUUCGCAUCCCUGAAGCGGAGCUCGAUCUCCUUCUUCAACGACGAUAAGCCACAGACGGCGAUUUCUCGGUGGGCGCGCGCGCGCACAAAGGCCGCGAAGGUAACCGAAAGAUGAGAAGAGCGGGAAGAUCGAUCACUGCUCCUGCUACCGAUCUCGUUCUUCGCGAUUUCUGAUCCAAGACGCUCACGCUGGUUCAUCUCGUGGAUCUGCAGGUCGGGAAGGGUCUGUCCAAGGACGAGAAAGCCCAGAAGCUCGCCCUCCAGCACUGGCUCGAAGCUGUGAGUAAUCUCCUCACAUCUACUGCCUUCCUCAUCGCCGAUCCAUCCGCCAUAGAUUCGUUUCAUGCAGAGUCUCUGAUCUGAUAUGGAUCAUUUCCUUGGGAUCUCUGCAGAUUGACCCGCGGCAUCGGUAUGGGCACAAUCUCCACAUCUAUUACGACAUCUGGUUCGACAGCGAGAGUAGCCAGCCUUUCUUCUUCUGGUAGAUCACCUGUUCUUACCCUUCUUCUGGUUCAGACCCUGAUCGUGUUCUCCAGAGUUCUUGAAGCUCAUGGCUGUAAUUUUCCCCUUGGUAUGAAAUCCAGGCUUGACGUGGGAGACGGCAAGGACGUGAACCUGGAGAAGUGCCCGAGGAGCAAGCUCCACCAACAGUGCAUCAAGUACCUGGGCCAGGUUUGUUCUUCUCGCCAUUAAAGAUGACCGCGGAAAAAAUCUCAAUGCAUCGUCCGAGCUUUGCGGAAUCUGAGCAGCGCUGUUCCUGCAGAAGGAGAGAGAAGCCUACGAGGUCGUCGUCGAGAACGGGAAGCUCCUCUACAAGCAGACCGAGACGCCUGUGGACACCAUCGAAGGGUCCAAGUGGAUCUUCGUUCUCAGCACGUCGAGGAAACUGUAUGUCGGACAGGUGAGCGCCGCCCAACGCCUGUUUUUGACCCAGCUCUUAGACCAGAUCCCGUCCUCUCUUUCUUUCUCUCUCUAGCCAAGAACUCCAUCCUGAUCAACCCCUCUUACGAUCGUGUGCAAUUGUUUCGUGGUUGCAGAAGAUGAAGGGUAAAUUUCAGCACUCGAGCUUCCUCGCCGGGGGGGCGACGACCUCCGCCGGGAGGUUGGUGGCGACGAAGGGCGUCCUAAAGGUGUGAAUCCGCUCGCUCAUCUCUCCUCUCCAUUCCCUGGCCUGCUCGUGAAUUGGAGGGGAGGAACUAAAGGCCAACUCCUUCUACUUCUUCUCCAGGCAAUAUGGCCGUACAGUGGGCAUUACCUCCCGACAGAGGAGAACUUCAAGGAAUUCCUCAGCUUCCUGGCCGACAACAACGUGGAUCUCACCAAUGUGAAGGUAAACCCUCCGUAAAAUAACCAGGCUUCGCCGGAAGAACCAUUUCUUCUCGUUGGAUAAAUCCUGAUUUCGAUCGAAUGGCCUUGACUUUCAGAGAUGUUCCGUGGACGACGACGAUCACCCAUCGUUGGGAAAGGCGGAGAGCGUCGAGGAGAUCAAGCUACCGGCGGUGGACGACGCUCUGGCGGAGCCCGCCGCCGUCGCGGCAGAUUUUGCGCCGCAAUUCGAGCUCGGACAGCGGCUGUCCUGCAAGUGGAGCACCGGCACAGGGAUUCGCAUCAGCUGCGUGAGGGAAUACCCCGUUGACCUCCAGAUCAAGGCUCUCGAGCAGGUCAACCUCUCCCCGAGGCUCGUGCCCUCGCCGGGAUGGAGCAAGGGCCCGGUCCCUUCGCCCCGCCCCAGUCCCCGCGUGAGACUGUCCCCGAGACUCGCCUACAUGGGUUUCCCCAGCCCCAGAGUCAACCUCACGCUGCCCACGCCAAAACAGAGAUGA